UAUACUCGUGUACAGGAACGUCGGUGAGGUCGCUUUUUCUUCUGCUGUGACAGCAGUGCUGAUGCUAGAUUGUUCUAUGAGACCAACUCUCGUCUGCUGCGUCCACCGUCAAUAUGAAAGCCGAUGACCUCCAGACGCUAGCGUCCAUGAUCAAGACGACAAAGAGUCUCGGAUCGAAUCGAUACACUGCCUGCGCUAUUGGACGUCUCAUGUGCCUGUUCGCGCAUGACAGGUAUCAUUAUUUCCACGGCCAGAAGGUCGCACGUCUCGACAGGUACCAGAGGAAGCGAACAGCCCUUGCUGCACUACUAUCCCCUCUCCUCUUCAAUGCACCGGAGGUCCAUCUGCGGUCGCUAGAGAGGAUAUGGAUUGAUCAGAUCAUCAAUGAGAUCGCCUGGACGCAGUUCAUCCACAAGCUCCAGACAGACUGGCAGGAGGCCGUACUCACAGCGACAGUGUUACUGAACGCCAACAUAUCAUUUAUGACCAUAAAUGACGUUGAUAGUGGCGACGGUACUCGGACACCGGCGCAAAUAGCAAGUUUCGUGUCCACCAUUGCUAGUAUCGCCGCCACAGUGAUUGGUAUGCUACUGGUCCGACAAUACCGAGUCAAGCCCAAGGAGACAGCUACGGAUGCGGUGACGUAUCUGACAAGUAGAAGGCACCCGAAACUCGGUUUGGAGACACUGGCCAUCAUGUAUAGUUUGCCGUAUGCGCUUCUCAUGUGGGCGGUGGUGACGUUCCUGGUUGCCUUCGCGCUGGAGUGCUUCCACGACCGUGACAUCCCAACUAUCACGGUAACCGCGACGACGUGGGGAUUGGCGGCGAUGCUGCUCGUCCUGUGCCUCUACACGGUUUGGGAGGGCGGCGACAUCUCCGUGCAUCAGUGGCUGCGCGACGUAUGGGAGAGCGCGUGCGACCGUGUACGGAGAGUCCGCGAUCGGGUUACACGGAAGAGGAAGGACGAAGAGGAAAAGGCCGAUCCAACAUCGAGUCCAUCGAGCGAUACCGCCGCUCCAGAUAUUGCUAUGGAAGAAUGCUGAUGGCAAGGAUUCGGGCGCUGCUCGGGCAUGUAUAGUUGGGCGGUGACCACGACAUCGCCAUCGCCUAUACUCAGGAGCAUUCGGCAACUACGACAUAUUUAGGUUCUGUGCAUAUUGGUAUUCAUGACGGACUCGGAAGUGACAAACGGAGUGGCGAUUACCACAGGCUAUGUAUGUAUUAUACGAUCUAUUGUACGCAACGCUGUCAUUGCUAUUGGGCAACGCGUCAUUGGAUUGGCGUUGCCUGCUUUCUGUCAAGCCCUUGCAUUAUAUACGAGUAAAUACGAGGGCACAGUGGUGUUACGCAAUCCCUCAUGACGAAUAAAGGAAG